AUGUCGAACCUCGUCCGUCGUCUGCUUGAAAAACUCGUCCUUGCGCCUGGGCGGACUUCUCAGCGUGUCUGGCAAUCAGCGCCGCGAGGACAACUGAGUAAGUCAAGCUUGUCUUGUUCCUGGUCCUGGGUUGAGGUUCCGGAUGGAAAUUGUUUAGGUUAUUUGGCUCCCAACCUCUGGACGUCAACAUCCCUUUUCUCAGCACUGAACAUUUUCUACGCGGCGUUCCUGAGGAGCAGUACAGUCUGCAGGAACAACCACGCGAACGACGAGAGCAACAAUGGACCACCGAUGUUUUUUCCUUUCCCCUCUCUCGCCGCGGAGAUAGGGUCGUCGACUCCGGAGAACCACUUUAAAAAUACCGACUCACCAAGUGCAGCAGAUUUCGACAAUGACGACAUCAAAAACGACUGUGGCUUUCUCCACGUCCGUAACGGGAAUUGGCGCAACACCCAGGGCACUUUGAAUCCGAGUUUGUGGAAGAGGUACCACCGGCACGGGUACUGGGCCCAGCGCCGGGUGUUCGGGCACAACGAAUUCGCGGUGAAACGUCGCUGGAAGUUUCAUUUGGUGUUGGGGCAGGGGAAAAGGUGUCAGGACUACAUGUUGCAGAGAGCGACAAAGUACUGCGAUCAAAGCUAUUACAGGCCGUUGAAGAAUUAUUGUCGAUGGUAAUUUUUACUAUGCAGUAGAAGACGUAAUCAGUACAACAACUGGUGAUAGAGAUGCGAAAAUGAAUGGUAUGUAAACAGCAGUACCUCCGGAUGAUAGAAUGCGCCAAGUAGUGAGAAAGAAAAAGAAGCAUCGAUUGGAUGUCGAUAAUUCUGAGAGCUGG